AUGUACGGCUUGUUGGCGUCAGAAUCCGGGAAGUCCCAAAAAGAUAAUAUCAACUUUAACAACAUCCGCGAUUCGAUUGGUGCCUAUGCACCUCCUCAAUCUGCUCGCAAUUCAAACGCGACGCUACCACUGGUAGAUCCAGGAACCCAGUUUCUGGAGUAUGCUAUAAAUAUGUGGAGAGAUAUUCAACUUUUUCAAGAUAACAAAGGAACCAGUACAAGUGUGGAACGAGGGAGUAAUGUUCUUCCCCUUGUCAUUGGCUACAGUGGAGACAGUUAA